AUGGUUAAAAACAGACCAACACCAACACCAACACCAACACUACCACCACCACCAACACCAACACAACCAACACCAAGAUCAACACCAACACCACCACUACCACCACCACCAACACCAACACCAACACCACCAACACCAAUGGAUUAUCAAUUAUUUCAACAUCACCUACAAGCACAACCUUUUUAUCAACCGCUUCUGCAAAUGCAGCCAGUGCAUCCGUGGCAACAGUGGCACUGGCUGCAGCAGCAGCAACAGCCAUGGCUGCAGCAACAUCAAUGGUUGCAACAGCCACUUCCGCUACAGAUGCUUCAACAGCCACAAGAACCGCAACAGCAACAACAGCAACAACCGCGAAAACGGCAACAGCAGCCACAACAACGGCAACAACAGCCACAACAACGGCCACAACAACGGCAACAACAACGGCAACAACAGCCACAACAACGGCCACAACAACGGCAAAAACAGCAGCGGAAACGGCUGCAACAAUUUGAUUCGGAUCAAAUUAAAAAGGAUUUGAUAAAGUUACGAAAAAUGGGACGGAACUUUCUGACUUUCGGGCGUCAAAUAAGACGCAGGAUAAAGCUGGCUUCGCUGCCGAGAAUUGAAUCAACAGAGCAUUUAAAUAACAUUAACUGUAUGGUCAAACGACUGUAUGACGAUUUCAACUCUUAA